GAGUCGUCCGAUGAAAAAUCGUCCGAGGGUCAGGAUCCUUAUUUCAAGAACAAGGAUCCCGCUAACGAACACGAAAACUUCAAGGAUGCUGAGGAUCGACUCGAUAAGAAACAUCGCGAGAAGAUCGAGAAGGUUAUGAAAGAAUGGGGCGAAUUGGAGGCUCGUUAUCAGCAGAUGAAAACAAAGGAUGCCAAGGGCGCUGAAUCCUUCAAAGUGUCGAUGACAAAUCGUUUCCAGAAGACCGUUGCUUCGUUGGAGGAUGAGCACAAGCGCUCAAGAAACAACUCGAGACCACCCAUGAAGAACGUGUUCAAGCUAUUCUCAACGAGAAGAAGCGAACUGCCACUCAUGAAUAUCGCCAAGCACUCGCUAUGCAUGACAAAUCGGCAAACAAACAUCAUACCCUACAUCCGUUCGGAAGAGAAGGACCGCAUUCACACCAUCAAUCGAUACCGUCAUCUCCUGCGCGUCGAUCAAGCCGAAGCUGCAGCAUUCAAGCCGACGGUGCUGCACAGACUUCGGUACGAUAAUAAUCUGCGUAUCAACGGCACCCUAGCAAUGCUGCGCGACUUCCCAGACCUCGAAAGUCAAGUACGCCCAAUUGCAGUGGCAUACUGGUCUGACUUCCGUCGUGAGAACACGCCUGAGCUCUCUGAUAGCGCUAUUGAUGCCCUCAAUUCGCUCGACAGUGACGCAAAGAACAAGAAAUUGGUUGAUCUGUACAAGGAAGCCUAUGAGAAGCUUCAUCCAAAUGCUAAGCUAGAUGUAAAGGCCCCUCCAACAACUUCUACUUCUACCACCACAACUACACAGAAGACCACCCAGGAGCCAGCUAAGGUGAUUGAAAUUCUGAGAAAAGAAGAAGUGAGAAAGCCUGAGCCACCGAAACUCGUCGAGAAAUCGGUACAGACUGAACCUAUCCCAAUGGAUGACGAUUCAAAUUCGGAUGAAAGCGAUGAGGAAUCCAUCAAGGAGCUUCGUGUCGAUAUUGAACCUAUUAUUGAGGAGAAGCCAGCAUUCUAUCGCCAGGAAAAGCUCGUGCAGACGCAGAAGUCGAUGUAUCAGGAAAGUGGUUUGCUAUCAUCCUCACAGGCGGUGUUCAUUGUGGGAGCUGUGGCGAUUGUCUCGCUGACGAUGUUGGUCGCAACUAUUGUUCGACGUCGACGAGCGCAUCACGGGUUCAUCGAGGUGGACGUCUACACUCCAGAAGAACGUCACGUGGCUGGUAUGCAGGUCAAUGGCUACGAGAAUCCGACGUAUUCAUUCUUCGACAGCAAGGCUUAA